AUGUACAGUCAGUCGAAUUCGUUUAUGGGCGGCGCCAACAGCGCUCGCCCCGGCGCCGGUGGCUUUGGUCAGAACCCAUCCUUCAACUCGCAAUUCCAGGCAGGCAGUGGUCAAUCGCCAUUCGCGCCUCAACCUACCGGCUUUGGCGGGCCUGGUCUGCAACAACAGCAGACCGGUUUCCAGGGCUAUGGACAGCAGCAGAACUUCCAGCAACCGCAGAUGCAACCUCAAGCUACAGGCUAUCCUCCUCAGAACCAAGCGCAGUCAUUCCAGCAACCUCAACCAACUGGCUUUCAACCCCAGCCAACAGGCUAUGGUCAGGCUCAGCAGCCACCGCCGCUCCAGCAGCAGCAGUCUUUCCAACAGCCACAGCCUCUUGCUCCCCAGCAGACCAGCGCUGCCGUAGCUCAAUCGUUCGCUUCCUCCUCCGCACCCCCGCCGCACGCGAAAGAUAAUAAGAGCUCGGCCAAGAUACCCAAUGUUCGAUUGUCCUUCAUCACCGCCACUGACCAGGCCAAGUUCGAGCAGCUGUUCAAGUCCGCCGCUGGCUCAGAGCAAGCUAUCUCUGGUGACAAGGCAAGAGAUCUCCUGAUGCGAUCGAAGCUGCCCGGCAGUGCUCUCUCGCAGAUAUGGGUUCUGUCAGAUACCACAAAGUCUGGCCAGCUGCUCUUCCCGGAGUUCGCAUUGGCCAUGUACUUGUGCAACUUGCGACUGACUGGCAAGGAGCUGCCUCCCAGUCUGCCAGAGAAGGUCAAGAAUGAAGUCUCUAGCAUGGUCGACAUCAUCUCCUUCGGCAUACCAGACGAUGCUGCCCCGAGGGCUCCUCCGCGAUCGAACGCUCCCAACUUCGAUGCUCCUCUACGUCAGAAUGCCGUCUCACCUCCUGCUCCUCAGCAGCCUACACCUCAGCAGCCGUCCAAUACCCAGCUGCUCACACAAUUGACUUCACAGCCGACUGGCUUCUACAAUCAAGCGACGGGAUUUCAGCCUGGUCUGCAACCCCAAGCGACCGGCUUUCCGCCGCAACAGCAAGGCUUCCAGAAUCAGCAGCAGAUGCAGCCACAGCAGACAGGCUUCCAGACGAAUCCACAAGCGACCGGGUACAGUGGUCCAAGACCGCCAAUGCCACCAAUGCCGACAGGCUUCCAAAGCUCGCCGCAAUCAACCGGUCCUCUACAAGCACAGCCGACAGGCAUUCCGGGUCAAUGGGGUUUCGUCAACGCGCCUUCCACUGGACUGCCGAACAUAGAUGCGCUCAAGAAUAGACUGAUGCCACAAGCCGGUCGAGAGGGCGGAUUUACUACCCAAGGUCUGGCAGGCUCUGCUAAAGUUCCGUGGGCUAUCACCAAAGAUGAGAAGCGGAUCUACGAUGAGCUGUUCAGAGCGUGGGACGGGUUCAACAGAGGUCACAUCACAGGCGAUGUAGCCAUCGAGCUGAUGGGGCAGAGUGGUCUUGACCGAUCUGAUCUGGAGACCAUAUGGAACCUUGCCGAUCCAAACAACAAAGGCCGCCUUGACAUGGAUGAGUUCGCGGUCGCCAUGCAUUUGAUGUAUCGCAAACUGAACGGCUAUCCAGUGCCAGCACGUCUUCCGCCCGAGCUGAUUCCCCCUUCGACACGCAACUUUAACAGCUCGAUCGACAAGGUAAAGAGCUCUUUGGCCAGAGACGCCGACGCUCGUAAGCAAUCCGGCGCAUUUCUACAGCCUCAGCGAACCGGCGUCAGCUAUUUGAAAGAGCACACUUUUCGAGGCGGUGCCAGUUCACCAUCUGCUGGUCGCAAAGAUGCCACUGUCUUCCGCAACAAUGACGAGGCAAUCGGCUACAGGUCUAGUGCUCGGAGACGUAUCGGCGGAGGCGGACGAACACCAUCUCCUGCACCUUCCUCGGACGCCGGAAGCGCUUACGACGAUAUGAGUGCUGACCAAAUACGAAAGAAGAUUCGUGAAACAAAGAUCCUGUUGGACGCGACGGAUUUCCGCGAUGAGAAUGCUGCAGAUGACGAUGAUGCGAUGGAUAGACGGGACAAGCGUGAGGCCGAGGACCUCUUCCGCCAGAUUCGUCGCCUGGCAGACGACAUUGCCACGCAUCCAAACGCAGCUUUUGGUGGGUCCGAGUCUGCAGCCGAGCGUCGAUCGAUGCGCCGUGAGCUCCAGCGGUAUCAAGAUCGUGUGCCAGCGUUGGCAUCACAAGUCCGAGCUGUGGAAAAGAGCAUUGCAGACACCAAAUUGCAGCUCUUCCGCCUCAAGGAUGCCAAGGCAAAUCCUGGCAGCGCGAUUGCCGGAACUGGUCCCGGCGGUCAGGUCACAGAAGCAGACCGCAUCAAAGCUCGAGCGAGAGCCAGAAUGCAAGCAAGAGCAGCCGAACUUGCUGGCCGACCCGCGCCUGCUGCCAAUGAUGAAGCGCAGCAGUCAAAUAUUCGCGCCGAGCAGAAGCGUAACGAGGGCAUGACGCAAGAUGUGGAAGAGAGCGUCAGAGACUUUGCUACUGGGCUUGAAGAAGGCCUGAAGGUGGAAGGAGAAACCGCUACCUCUGAACACGAGAAGCGCAGAUGGGAAGAAGGCCUAGGAGUCGAGGACGAGAUCAAAGAACUCAUCUUUGACCUGCAGCGCAGCAGCAGAACUGCCAAGGUCCGUCAGGAAGAGCGGUCUCGUCCAUCAGCUACCUCAACACCAAGUCAGUCCUCCGUGGCUAGAGACGAGGCCCGGCCUACCAAUGGCGAUCACGCAGCAGCUCGCCCGGCACCACCAAGCCAGACUGCAUCAACAGCCAGCUUCUCAACGCAGGAUCGAGUGGCUGCGGCCAAAGAGAAGGCCCUCAAGCGCAUCCAAGACCGCAUGGCAGCGGCGGGUCUCAAGCCUGCUGGCGAUGCCAGCGAGUCCCCUGCUGCUCGGGCAGAGCGUGAGAAGAAAGAACGCGAGGACCGUAUCAAGCAAGCCGAAGCUGAAGAUGCUAAGCGCGAACAGGAGAGGCAGGCGAGGUUGGCUAACGAAGGUGUCGCUCCAGCGCCUUCGCCAGCGGCGAGCCCAAAGGCUUCCAAGAAGGGACCGCCUCCGCCGCCAGUUUCGAGAAAGGUCAGGCAGGAGAGCAACGAUCUAGGCAGGCCUGGCGCGCCAGAGCAGUCAGCCAAGGCCAAGGCAGAAGAGGAAGCAGCUCGUGAGAUUCGUGCUGAGCAAGAAGCAUCUGAAGCAGAGCGAAAGCGUCUGGAAUCCGAAGCAAGGGCCGCAGAAGACGAUGUCGAGAAAGAGCGUCGUGCAGCCGAAGACCGCCUCAAAGCACUCGAAGAGCAAGUCCGCCAGGGCAAGAUCAAGAAAGCUGAAGAGAAGCAGCGGAAGAAGGCUGCUGAGAAAGAAGCCAAGGACAAAGAAGCCAAACUUGCUCAACGCAAAGCCGAAAUCGAAGCUGCUCGCCAGCGUGAGCUCGAAUUACAACGCCAGCUCGAAAGCCUAGACGACUCGUCCGACGACGACGAUGAUGAGCAGCCGACUCCAGCAAGCAGCCAAACACUCAGCAGCAGCGCUCGCUCGGUCGCACCCGCAGGCGCACCACCUCCGAUCCCACCGCCCUCGUCGAGCGAAAGCGCACACGAAGCCACACCCGUCUCCAGCCCAGGCCCCGUAGCUGAAGAGUCGCGAAACCCAUACUUCAAGCGCGCAGCAUCACAAUCGAACGAAGCGGCUAAACCAGCCUUCUCCCCACCACCAGUCCCACAAACCCAACCGUUCUCACCAUCCGCAGCGUCAACCUCAAAUUCCCUUCCCUCGACAAACCCCUUCCACCGCAUGGCUCAAGCCGAAGCCGCGAAACCUCCACCAGCACAACCUAUUGUCCCCACAAUGACAGGCGGCGCCGCGUCCCGCCGUCGCCUCGAAGAAGACGACUGGUCUGCUGCCGGCUCCGACGCCGAGAAUGACAGCGAUGACGGCGAGAACGGUGAAGGCGGCGGCCCGACCGCCGGCUCUGCGAAACACCUCGCGUCGAUCCUGUUCGGGACUAUGGCGCCACCAAGGCCGUUGAGUGCCAUGGACAGCAAGCCGUCGACGCCAGUGAACGGUGGUCUGGGCUCGCCUGUGGCGUUCAAGGAUGAGUCAAGUGCCCCUUCUCUGCCACCACCUCCUCCACCACCAAUGCCAGACUCUGGAAGUGGUGCGCCAUCAAUGCCACCUCCACCACCACCGAUGCCAGAUUCCGGCGCGCCUCCACCACCGCCUAUGCCGGGAAUGGGCGCGCCAGCAGCUCCUCCACCACCACCACCGCCAGCGGCAGGAGGAGGAGGAGGAGGCGGACCGCCGAAUAUCGGUGGUCUGCUGGGCGAGAUUCAAGCAGGCAAAGGGCUGAAGAAGACGAAGACCAAGGAGAGUGGGAAUGCUUUGGCUGGGAAGGUUUUGAACUGA